AUGCCUUCUUAUCAUUGUGUUGAUCCACCUCCGCUACAAGAUUAUUGCAUCGCGAAUUUAAGCUCAAACAUGAAUUUGAAUGGCUAUCCUUGCAAGAAUCCUUCUGAUUCUUGGAAUAUCCAUGAUUCAAGCGGAGCUGCUCAAAGGAGGAGGCAUACACCCCCACGGGCAUCUGAGCCAGUUGUAUGCACGAAGGGGAGAAUCCUUGAAGGCUUUGUGACAACAGAUAGCGCUUUCUUGUACAAAAUUUUGAAGCCCAAAAUGGUGUUUGUGAUCCCUCAGGCGAUGUUGCACAUGGUAAUUAAUGUUGGAAAAGGGAAUGCCCUCCUUUAUGCAAAGCUUCAACAGUCAAAAUCCAGGUCUCUCUUCAAUUCCACUCCUUCAGUUCCUGAUGCUGCCUUGAGCAAAUCAUUUCGAGCAAACGAUUCCAUCGUUGAAUUCAUCAAGUCCAACAUCAAUGUUCCACUUAUUCCGUCAUGA